UCUGAGGCACAAAGGCGCCGACCAAAGUGAUAACGUAUUUUAUUGUAUUUUGCGAUUCUGAAAUUUCCAUUCAAAAUUCAGUGUUUGAAAUGGAAACUUCAGAAAAUCCCGUAUCAAAUUAUGAAUUUGAAUGAUAAUUGUAUUAAAUUCUGAUAUUCUUCUCAAAUUAUGAUUGGUAUCGGAAUUUCAUAUUAUUGUUUUGAAGAAAACUUGUGGCUUUUCUACACCUUCCUAGAUUCCUUGAUAUGGUAGAACAUAUUUGAAUUCAUGUGAUUCUCAAUUCAAUACUCGGAGUUCCUAUGCAUUUUGACUCAAUUGACUUUCAACACUUUCAACUUCUUUCUCCGUUAUUUCUAUUAAUUAUUGUUUUAAUGACUGGAGAGUGGAGAGUGGAUUUCGAACUAGUGUAUCAGUAUUCUGAGGUUAUGGUUCAUUUUUAUUCAAGAGUUCUGUUUUUGUUGGGUUUUAGCUUCGGCAUAUUAUUAUUUUUCGUAGAAAGAAAGUGUUUGAAUUCCGAACAGAAAAUUGUUAAAACGCUAUCUUACAACCAGUGGUUUAAAAGUCUAGGUUUAACUCGGAAAACUGUUCAUUGGGACGUUUUGAGAUAUAACCCUAAUUUAACUGUUACUAUAGAAGCAAGUUUUCUCUUUACAAAAAUUAAAAUAUUGUGUGUGAUAUUAGUCCGCAACGAGAAAAAUGCGAGAGCUUCGAAGUCAACUUGGGGAAACGGUUGUAAUAAUGUUGAAUUUUUGGACGUUGAGACCAGUAAAAAUAAAUUGAGCCCCAAGAAAAGAGUGAAAGGAAAAUCUUCUUGGGCUCUGCUUUGCCAAAAGUUGAAAACUGUUACAAAGGAAUACGACUGGGUUUUAAUUGUAAAUGAUGAUAUUUUUGUUAUUAUGGAAAACCUCAGAUUUUAUUUGGCCCCAUUAGAAGCAACAGCUACAUACUAUUUGGGUCAUGCUGUAGUGUUCUGGAGUACAGUGUAUAAUUCAGCUCAAGCUGGAUACAUUCUCAGUUCUGGGACUGUUGAUGCCUUCAAAGAAAAAUUCACCAAAACGGAUUGUUUGGAAGAUAUGUACUGGAAUCGGGAGGAUUUUUACUUAGGUCGUCAUUUGGCAAGUUUGAACAUAACACCUGUCGAUACAAGAGAUUCAGCCGGUUUCUCAACAUUUCAUCCCCAUAACUUGAAUCAAUUAUUUUUUACUGGUGAUAAUCAUUACAAAACCAGUGUAUUUCCAUCAAAAUGCUGUAGUAAGAAGUUGAUAUCUUUUCAGGGUAUCGAAGGUGAUAAAAUGUACACCUACCAUUAUCUUCUAUAUACUUUACAGAUAUUUGAUGAAGGAAACUUGGGUAAUACUUAUUCACCACACACCAUUGUUGAUGAUCAGGUUUGGAGAACAUUUUUGGAAGGACGGAAUAUUUCUGCUGACAAUGUUACAAGUGAACAGUAUUACCAGAUUUGGGAAAAUCUUAUAGACGAUCCAACUUCUUUUGCAGCUAAUAUGAAGAGGGAGAAUUUUGAAUAUGAUUAAAAUUGACCAAUUACACUAGUUAACAUUGACAUUGCACUGAGUUUGAGAGUAAAUUAACAAACAUUAACAUAACAAAAUGUGUAAUGAAAGAAAUUACCUGAGCUUAUGUAUCAGUUAAUUACAGAUUCCACAUUUGAAAAACUAUUCAGUGACAGGGUUAUUUAAUUCUAUUUGGUCAUACAGUAAAUGACCCAAACUCUUUCUAUUUCUAAACAUUCUAAAAGAUUGAGAUUUCUCUUCUGAAUGUAACACAUCAUAGUCAUGAUUGAACUUGUGCUAAAGAUGCUAGAAGUUGGUAUGCAAAUGUGGAUUUGGUUUUUCCAUUGAAGAAAUUAUUUCUAUGCUCUUUAAUUCUUUAAGAAAAAGUUCAUCCCGUCUGGCCAAUAUAAAGCUUUGGGCAAGAGCCACAAGUCAACAUAUAUAUUCCUGAUCUAUCUGACAUUGAACUUGUGCCUUUAUUGUUUUUAAUAAAUUUGCUCAAAUUAUUAUUUGUUCUGUAAACCACGUCCAGUGCUCAUGGCUACAACUUUUCAGAGGAGAUGAUGAUUUUGCUUGAAGGUACCAAUAAAUUUUGUUUGAAUUAACUAAAAACUUACGAAAAUGUUUUGAAACAAGAAUUUCUGUCAGUUGAGAUUACUUUGAACAGCACAGCAUUAAUGCUUACUUUUGUGCUUUAUGUAGAGGCUACCAUGUCUUUCAAAAUCACUUCACUUCUGUUGUUGGUCUUAUCCUGAAGAAUAUUCUUCUGCAGAGUUUUCAUCAUUUCAUUUUGAAGCCAUUUCUAACAAAUUUCUGCAGAGCCAUUUCUUUUAAAAGAUGUCAAAUUGAAUCGUAUCUAUCAAUUUUAAGUAAAAUUCAGAGUACCCAUCAACUGGCAAAUUGAUGUCAAACAACUAUAUUCAACAUACUAUAGUUGAUGAAGUAAAAUUGCUAUUUUAGACAAAUUAUCCAUUAAAGAAUGAAGAAAGUAUUUUGUUGUUGAAAUCUUCAUUAGUUCGAUCUGCUGUGGUACAA